AUGGAGGAGACACGUGACGAGGCUACCGUGGAGGAGACACGUGACGAGGCUACCGUGGAGAAGACAAGUAGCGAGGCUACCGUGGAGAAGGCACGUGACGAGGCUACCGUGGAGAAGACACAUGACGAGGCUACCGCGGAGGAGACACGUGAAGAGGCAACCGUGGAGAAGACAAGUAGCGAGGCUACCGUGGAGAAGGCACGUGACGAGGCUACCGUGGAGAAGACACGUGACGAGGCUACCGUGGAGGAGACACAUGCAUAUGACGAUACUACCGUGGAUGAGACACGUGACGAGGCUAUCGUGGAGGAGACACGUGACGAGGCUACCGUGGAGAAGACACGUGACGAGGCUACCGUGGAGAAGACACGUGACGAGGCUACCGUGGAGGAGACACAUGCAUAA